AUUCAUUUCGAGGUUGACUGUAUUUAUAGAACUAUGUGAAACACAACCUCUCAGAAAACACCGGUUUCGUGUUUCGCGGAUCAUUUCGAACCAAACGCGGCGCAUCACGGAGUUUCGUGCGUGAUGCUCGAGUGUGUUUAGGGUGUGCAAACUUACCUUCAACAACGAAACGUCCCGGGGAGCAACAUCUUUCAUCUAAACUUUGACGGCCACAACCAUCCUCCGCCCUCGCUUGGCUGGCCUUUUUCUUCCUUUCGUCGAUAUUCUAUCGAUAUCGCGUCCCGUGUAUCGUGUGUGCAUCUUUCUUCUGACCCAGUGAUACGGGCUGCAUCUUUUCGUGUUUGUGCCGGGAAAUCGUUGUAAAGUGCAAACAGCAAAAUGAGUAAGUACGCGUGGGUAACGUUGGCAACCAACGAUUCCUACUCCCUUGGGGCCCUUGUUGUCGCUCAUUCACUCAAGCGCGUUCAUACCGUACAUCAAAUGGCUGUACUCAUCACGCCCGGCGUAUCGGAAGCAAUGAAAACAAAAUUGCGCGCCGUUUUCAAUGUGGUUGAAGAGGUCAAUCUGCUCGACUCGAAGGAUGAAGCGAAUCUCGCCCUUCUCAAACGACCAGAGCUCGGUGUCACGUUCACCAAGCUGCACUGUUGGCGCCUGACUCAGUUCGAAAAGUGUGUCUUUCUCGAUGCUGACACGCUCGUUUUGCGCAACUGCGAUGAGCUGUUUGACCGGGAAGAACUUUCCGCCGCUCCGGACAUCGGCUGGCCGGAUUGUUUCAAUUCGGGCGUGUACGUGUUUAAACCCAACCUGGAAACGUUCGCCAGCUUGCUACAGUACGCGGUGACCAAUGGCAGCUUCGAUGGAGGCGAUCAAGGCUUGCUGAACGCAUACUUCUCCGACUGGGCUCAUAAGGACAUCCAGAAGCACUUGCCCUUCAUCUACAACACGUCGUCCGUGGCAACGUACUCUUACUUGCCUGCAUUUAAACAGUUCGGACAAAAUACCAAAAUUCUUCAUUUCAUCGGUGCGGUCAAACCGUGGCUGCAGAAGUUCAACUCCGAAACACGGAAGGUGUACGUUCCGUCCGAGUACCAGCAUCUGGCCAACUUUCUGCAGUACUGGUGGGACAUCUUUGCGGAAGAUGUGCACUCAAGGCUGAGUCCAGACAUGAGUGGUCUUGCAGGCGCAUUGGCUCAGGUGCAUCUUGGCGAGGCAAAGUCACAGGAGCAAGAAGCUUACGAAGAGCACAUGCGACGCCAAUGUUGGGAAACGGGCAAUAUCGAUUACAUGGGCCGGGAUUCGUUUGACAACAUUUGGAAACGCAUCCAGCAAACGCUCAACACCGGCACCGGUGGAACAGCGGCACCACCGAGUGUGGAGGAAAAAGCGGCGACCCCCGGUGCUGCUUCACAAACGGCAACGGCACAGCGCACCAGUCGCCGUCCAUCUCGGUCGCGGUCGGGCACACCGAAGCGGGAUCCGAAAGACCGGUCGCCGACACCGCAACCGGAAGAGAAGCUAUCUGUCGAUAAAAAGGAAGCGCACGUCGUUCCACCGCCGGCCAUUACGGAGGAGGACGAUCUUGCCAUCCUUCGGGUUUCCUCGAUCGAGAGUAGUAGUAUUAGUAGUACUAGUAGUAGUAGCGGUGCGAUGCGAACCCAAUCAAAGCUGCCACCACCAAUACAGUACGAUCCGACUACCAAUACGACAACAUUGACCAAGAAAGUCUUUGCAGGUUAUCAACAGUUCAUAACGACCAAGAAUCGAGAAGGGAAAUCCCACACGCACAUGAAGCUCGUGUACGAUCCGUCCGUCGAGGACGAUCAAACGCCGGCCGGCGAAGAGGCUGAUCAGCCGGCAGCCAAAGGGACCGAUCAACCGGACACGAUCGUACAGCCCGUUCGGGGAGAUGGUCCUAAGACGGUUGAGCAGGCAAGGGUGGUAGCAGAAACUACCGCGCAACAAGCACGCACUGAAAUUCCUGCGCGACCACCGGUGGAAAAACCAACGACGCAAAGUUCUAGCACCAGCGCUUAUGCCAAACCCGCACCCACUACGCAGACCACAAAGCCUACAGUAGCAGCUGCUACUGCUACUCCCCAACCACAACAGCAACAGCAACAGCAGGUGGCACCGGAAUCGCUUGCAGGUAAAACAAAUGAACUCUCGGAAUCAAAGCAACCGGUCAAAGCAUUGCGCAAGAAACGACACAUAUCGCCACAGGCUGCUCGCCCACAGCAGCCUACUCCCAAUCAAGCAGCGUCGACGAAUGAUCAAGCGCCUGGAAAGACACCACCAUCUCCAUCGUCAUCAUCAUCAUCAUCAUCCUUAACGACGUCGGCUGGUAGUGCGCGCCAUGGCAACCAAAGCCCGGCUGCUAACCAAAGCAAGACUACCACAGCCAUCUCGGCAUCAGUCGUAGUAUCGCCAUCCUCGCCUACAGUGCCGUCCAGCAAGACAGAGACGAGUCACACCAACAACAGCAACACUCCCAAAGCUACGCGCACUACCGCUAGGGAGGAGAAGAAACCCGCUCCAACUACCCUAACACAACAACAGUCACCAGAACAGAAUCGUACACCUGUGAAACAAACACCACGACCAAACAGCGCACAGAAACAAGAUCAGCUUGAGGAUGAUGAGGGCGUUAAAGUUGCUUCUUCGCCUCCAGUGCCUCCACGUCGCAAGCGUGAAUCAAGAACAACAAAAUUAGGUAAAAACUAACAGCCACUCAUCACCAGCGAUCGGGAAGGGUCCCGGCAAUCCCAUCUAAUCAAUCCUCAUCCAACGUCCAACCCACCCGUUCUUCAUCAAAUGUACAAUCUGCACAGCUCUCACGGCAAAAAUGUCAUCGUAAGUGGUUCGAGUGGUUUUAGCCAGCUGCCCGAAGCGUUAAUCCGGAAUUCGAUAGACAAUUAGGCGAUUUCGAAAGUCCUGGAAACGGUCAACCAUUAUUCUUUUUCCCCGCAUCUCUGAGCACAUCUCGGAUCCCUGCAUAGUCCAUAUAGUCCAUCUAGUAGUGUUGGUCUACCAUGCCUCACUUAUCCAUGUGUGGAUGUCCUAAGCAGACGGUGGUGUAUGGGUCAUCCGGUAUCAUUCAGAUGACAUGUUCAACCCACUAGAGUCUAGCCUGGGGGAUUAUAAUUUGCAACACAAUAGUGAAGUCAUUGUGUAGAUCCCCAUUCGCCAUUUUGUUUUGGAAGUGUUUUUUUUUCAACUCCGAUCAUCCGGAUACAGAAGUUUGGGAAGCCCAAACUUGAGAAAUAAAUUUGAUUAGUUCGUACUGAGAACAAAUUAACGAUUGCUAACACGAAAGGACUGGUAUCAAAAUCGAUCCGAACCCGUCUUCCCUUAAGGACGAUAGGGUGAAUGGUUGAAAUCAAGUCAAAGAAACCAGAUAAGUGCCGAAGUAGAAGAGGAACAAAGAGUUAAGAAUAUCCAUUCCUAGACCAUCCAAAUCGCCCCCAAAUCAUGUAAUUGUUGAGCUUCAAAUGUGUUUAUAUUGCCUUGGCAACGCUUGUACUAUCUGCCCGUUGAGGAAUCGCCUACUGUGCCAAACAUCACAAUUCACUUGUGUUCUCACCAAUAACCAAUAAUUUCUAAAUUACUGUGUUCAGAGAUAGGGAUUUUGGUUUCUCCAGGGCCCAGCAAUUCUCCAGCUAGGGAAGAAUACCAACACCCCAGCCAAAACGGCAUCAGUACUGCCAAUGUCCUGCCACAUUGUUUUAACGUCCGUUAUUCAACUUCAAUUCGAUCACAUUCGAACUCUCCCUCCUCUCUCUCUCUCUCUCUCUCUGGUUAACAUCUCUUGAUGUGUGUAUGUGUUUUAAUUUUGUAAGUUUGUUUUAAUAAAAAAACAAUUUUAAAUUUCUUCGUAUAAAGUUCUUCUUCAUUCUUGUUUAACAAUUCGUUUAAUGUUUUUCUUUUAUGAUUCGAUCGUUUUCUUCACACUUGUUACUUGUUACAUUUUUUGUGUAUGUUCACAAAUAUUGUUUUUCUAUCUUUUUCGUUGCACCUGGCAUUAAUGUUAGAUGUUUUUGUUUUUCCUCUUUUUACAUACAUUUUUUUCUCUCUCUCUCUUUUACGCCUGCUGCUGCUGCUUAACGUUAGCUUUUUGUUUGAUUUGUUACCGUUUUUUUAUUUAAUUGCAAUCUAAGCUAUAAUCAAUUUUAUUCUUUCUCUCUCUCUCUCUCUCUCUCUCUCUCUUUUCUCCUUUUCGCCACUUUUGUCCCGACUAAACACAACCGUUACUUAAACUGCCAAAAACGUUGUAACCAAUACAUAAUAUUCUUUUUGUAAUUCCGCAUAUUGUUCUUUUUUUUGUUUUUCGCAUAUUGUUUAUUGGCUGGCUCAUAAUAACGAUUUAUAUGUAUAAAAACAAAACAGGGAAAACAAAAAAAUCGAAACUGGUGCAACUGUUGCUAUCUUGUAUUUCUUGCCCGAAGAAAAAACGAUGAUAGUUUUGCGACACACACAAGCGCGCCUUUCUUCUCGCCGUUUUGCAAUGUUAAUCGAAAUGGACCAAAAUAUCGAAAUAUAUAUCAAUGGAUGACAUUUUGACAAAACGAAACCAGAGAAAAUGAAAAACGAUUUAUAUUUCCCAGCCUUUCCGCCCUCCAUCAUCCCUGUGCUUAAAGAAAAAGCAACAAAAUAUCAGAAAACAAUGAUACAUAAGUUGGUAGGGUCAUCACAUCAUCUGCCGUUUCUGCAUCUGCCCUUCCACUACAACCCAGCCCCAUUAUUGCUCACAAGCUCAUAUAUCGAAGGUUUGACCGAGAGCAGCACAUCAUUACAAUUUUGUGUGUAUUUGUCCCAACGAUACGAUAACAGCCCCUUUCUUUCCUUUUUCCUAUUUCUAUUCCUACCACAGCACGACUCAUUCGUACGUUCUGCACUAUUUUGUGAGGAACACACAACAGGCUUGAAGCAAAAAGCAAAACUGAAACCAAUUCUCCGUUCGUAAAAUCCAACAAUUAUACUCUAAAAUUGGCUCCCAAGGAAAUAGAGAGGCCAAACACGCCUCUUGUGCCUUGUCGGAACUUAGCAAACGUUGCUCUCUAACACUGCGUCCAUUUUACUGUGUCGGUGUGUGUGUAGUCUGGACCGAUUUCGAUGCAUUUUUGUUGCCGCCAACUCGAAUUACUAGCGAAUUCGUCAUGCUGAACAAUAAACAUAAUACUGUUGUAUAUUACCA